UUUUUUAAUCUUCGUUUUUUUACAUUUUAAUUUGCUGAACAGGUGCGUGCGUGCCGCAUUCUCAAUUUCUUGUGGCUGGAAAAAUUUGCAAGUGCAAUAACUUAGGGCAUUGGAACGAAACGGAUUGCCUCGCCGUCGGUCGGAAGAACAAUUGCCAUGCAGGAGAGGUCAUCCGGCAAGGCUGUAAAGAGUGCAUUUGCCAAUCAAACGGCCAAUUCAAUUGCACUAGAAGCAAUUGUACUGAUGUGAGCUCCUCCGCUGUGAAAGCUGUCCAAAGACUACACACAGUGAUGCCAUGGUGCAAUCCUUUCAGAUCUUACUACAUCAACUGCAACAUUUGUGUAUGCCCACCGUCAGGUAGAGCGGCGCAGGCACACUGUGCUACAGAUGUCUCUUGCUCGCUACAUAGAGAACCACGAGUAUCCGAUUUUUCUACAUCAAGAAACAUUUGCAUUCCCAAAGUCAUGUACCUUUUCCCUUGUCUUCAUUGCCUAUGCACUGAUGAAGGGUUUUUUGUUCUAGAAAAAUGCUUUGAAACUUGCUUAGCGAAGCCAUCCAUAGAAUCAUCGCGCAGAUGUAUACCGAAAACAUUUUACAGACAAGAUUGCAAUGUUUGCAAGUGCCCAGAUAAUAGUAUACCAGAUAACUCUUUCUGCACAAAAUCAGUAUGUAACCAAACUAUAGUGCUGAGUACUUUAAGCGAUUUAAGGGGCACAUCACAGCAAUGUCUCUCACAUCGGUUUACGAAUCCCAGAUGUUAUUAUUGUGAAUGUAGUGCUGAAGGAACUAUAAAUGAAACGGCGUGUCUGGAACAUGAUUGCUUCAAAAUUAACGAAUACAAGUAUGAUGUUGCCAAAGACACAUGCAUUCCCGGAGAAAUAGUCCCUAAGUGUACUGAAUGCUUAUGCCUACGCAACGGAGUCACCUCACAUGACUAUUGUUCGUCAACUUGCACAUAUCAAAGUAAACUAAAUGUCUUAGAAAAGAUUGUGGAUGUAGAAAAAGAGCAAGAUAUUAUAGACAAAAAAGGAAUUACGAGGAGUUCAGGAGACGAUAUAUGCGAUCCUAAUUCAAUUUACACGGAUUUGGGACGGUACUGUUUAUGUCCUGAAAAUGGUAAUACAAAUUUUAAUUUGUGUACUUCUGCUGAUGAUUCUGUUAUAUCAGGAACUACUGCUCCAAGUGUUAAAGUUAAUAUAAACUUCAACGCGACCUGUGAACCGAACACUUUUAUUGACUUUGAUUGUAACACUUGUUUCUGCUCCAAAAAAGGAAAGAUUGAUCCGAAGUGGUGUACGUAUGACGACUGUGAAUCUAAAAAAAUGAUAAUGAAGUCGCAUGAAACUCAAAAUAUUAUGGCUCCUGAUAUAGAUAUGAACGACACAUGUACAUCUGGAUCGAUUUCACAAGUUGAUUGUAAUUUCUGUAUUUGUCCCGAAAGUGGAUACAUGGAAAAGAAAGUCUGUACAAAAAACGAUUGUUCAUCCUUAGGCAAAACUAUUAAUAGUGAUAGAUUUGUUUGCGAACCAUUAGCUUAUUACGAAGUCGAUUGUAAUAUAUGUUAUUGUCCUCGCGAUGGAUUGAAAAAUGUGGCUAGAUGUACAAAAAAUCAUUGUGAGAAAAGUUUUCUUCGAUCAGACGUUUGCGUUCCUGGCCAAUUGUUCAGUGAAGAGUGUAAUGUCUGCGUAUGCCCACCUAAUGGCAAUAAAGCGGAGAGAGCUUGCACGAAUAAUACUUGCGCCGACAGCGCGCCUUGGAAGAAAAUAUUUCAGUUAUCACAAAGUCUGAUUAGCAAUCAAAUUCCCGAAGAUGCGACACGCAAUUUGGAUCUCUGUUUUCCUGGUGAAGAGUUCCAGGUUGGAUGCAAGCUUUGUUCUUGUCCAGAUAUGGGUUUGAGAUCAUAUGCGACGUGUUCUUCUAUGCUAUGUGAUGACGAUGAUGAAAAGAAACAAACGAAACUGGUUGGGCCACCACCUCCGUCAUCUCCGCCAUCGCCUCGACUUCCGCUUCCGACUCCGACUCUAGACAAGCGCAAUAGAAAAUCAGAACCAAAUAGUGCAGACGAGGCAGACACUGGCGAUAUGGGAGGACAAAAUGUUACUAUAACUAGACGAAAAGAGUUUUGUUACACGUACAACAUAUCCAAUUCUGAUGGAAAGAAAUGUUCUCCAGGGUCUUCUUAUAUCCUAUUGUGUAAACAAUGCAUUUGUCCGUAUAUGGGGGACCUCAGCGAAUUUUGCAGACCGUUACCACGUGAUUUCUACUGUGAACAGCCAUUUGAAAAUCAAUAUUACUUACCUGUGGCACGAACGAUGGACGAUAAUUCGACAACUGAAGUUACUCCCGACAACGCAACAAUUACAGCUGGAACUACAUCGGAACCAAAAAUUGUAAUACCCAAAGAUUUCCAGCACAAUCACACUAUAUACAAAUGCACUAAACCAGGUAAGCUUCUGGAUAAAUGUUUCAUGUGCGAAUGUGAUGACUCAGGUUCGGUUAUCGAGGAACAUUGUUUUAAAAGUAGUGCUGAUAACUGCAAGGAUGUUAAGCCUACGUUUCUUAACUCCACAAUAAUUUAGAAGCCCGAAAACUUGACUUUAAAAGAAAACUUGCUCAUGAUCUCAGCUUUAACCUGAUACCCGUUUUCAAAUAUAAGUUUAGGGAGGCUUAUCAAGUUGUGCCCAGAACUGAACUGAACUUCUACAUCAAUCGUUCGUCGUUAAGGAGAUGAUAAGCAAGGUAAAAAGAAAAAUAUAUAACUGAAUAAAGAUUGGAAGAAGAUAAAAUUUCCCCAAUACCAUAUUAAAAGAUUUUGGAAUAACACAGGAGAAACUUUUCUUUUAAAGUUCAGAAUACAAUAUCAUUAUCAUUAAUGUAAACUGUAAAAACAAUAAACG